GUGGUUUUGAAAGGUGAUGCCAGAAAGCUAAACUUACAUGGGCAGACUUGUGCCGUCUGCCUGGAAGACUUUAAAGUGAAAGAUGAACUGGGAGUGUUGCCAUGCCAACAUGCCUUCCAUAGAAAGUGCCUUGUGAAGUGGCUAGAAGUUCGAUGUGUUUGUCCCAUGUGCAAUAAGCCUAUAGGAGGGCCCUCAGAACCUCACCAAAACAUUGGAAUUCUCCUGGAUGAACUAGUGUGACCAUCUUCCUGCCCACGUUUCCCCCCACCGCCCCACCGCCCCAAAGAGCCUUUAUUGACACUGAUUAUUGCCUUGGGAUUGUGGACUUCAACACACGGUCACAGUCUGAGAUUGUUUCCAAGUGGAUGUUAAUCUUAACCUUCUUAGAAGGCAGCGUGGACCAUUCCGAGUGCCAAGAUGGAAAGCAAGCUGGCCUUGUUCUCCAUCUACCGUCUGGGAGCCAUUUCUGGGGAAGUCUGAUCAGAAGUGCAUGGGAAUCUCUAUUUCGGAUUACCAAACAACGAAGGACUUGAAACAAGGAAGUCUGAACUUUCCCAGGAUGAUUGGUGAACAAUUGAACUCUAGCCCAGGUUUCCGCAGCUGGUUGUUGUGAUGUUAACUGUGAGAUCGAAGUCUUCCCUUUUUCUAGGACUUGCUGGUCAGAAUCCAUAAAUGGCGAUAUAGCCUCUUCGGUUUCUAAUGAGACUUUUCUUUUUAUAGUAAGUCAGCUCCUGCCAUUUGGCAAUCUUUAUUUCUGCUCCUUAGGGAUCCCUUCUGCAAUUUGAAAACAAGAGCUCUUGCUGACUUUGGCUAGGUCCUUCUCUGCAAAAUCUACAGUGUUUACAUAAGACUUAAGCAGAAAACCUCCCUGCGGACUGUAGAAGGGGCACCAGUCAGCCAACACCAUUCACCCAGCACAGCUGCAAAGAGCCCACCUUCUCCAAUAUUGUGGAGAAAGGGAGCAACAUUGUGACAUUUGGCUCACCCGUAUAGGUGGCAAAGUGAUGAAGGUAGGAGCAUGAAAACUCUUCUCUUAGCUUUCAGAUGAGUGGGACUAUUUUCGCAAGUGGCCUUUUAACUUUUUUUGCCUAUUCUUGUGUAGAAAAAUAAAAGUACUUUAUCUGAAA